CAGACCGAGAGAAAGAGAGAUGUGGAUUGAGAUGAAGUGGCACAGACCAACUGUCAUAUCCCUCUUUUUAAGAACACAGUGACGAGGGAGAGAGGCGUGGAAUAGUUCCCUCCUUCUUUAUAGAGGAGUGUUUGGAUGUAAGGAGAGAGGGAAGGCUAAAAGAGAAACGAGAGAGAGAGAGAUCAACUGCACAGAGAGGAUUAACCUACACCACUAGAUAUUCAAAAGAAAAAUACUAGACCAAGAGUGUGUGUAUGUGUGUGUGUGUGAGAGAGAGAAGAACACAUCCAAGGAACUGCUGAUAUUGUUAGAUGAAAGACAAGAAGACAAAUAAGACGAAAUAGCAGAGAUAUUAAACCAGGCUGGAUUAGAUUUCUCUGCACUGUAGAGAAAAAAACACACACACACACUCACACACACAGAGGGAGGUGUGUGAUGCACCCUGCCUGAGUGUCUGUCUGCGUUCGCUGUAUGCUGUUUGUAUGUGUUCAGGUUGUUUAGAGUGUAAAGUGCACAGUGUGUGACAGCCAUGAGGAGGAUAUUAUCAAUCACCUUUGCAUCGCUGUUGGUGAUUACUUUAACUGGAGCAUGGAGACCAUCUCAGCCCAGACUGCAGUUCACACACUCGGAGCUGGUCCGUAGUGGCAGACUGAUGUCUCUGCCACUCUCUGCGGGAGAUCUGAACUCUCUGCUUCCUGAUGAAGAUGGCCGCCGUCUGUACAUCAGCAUGAAGGACAAUUUACUGUCAGCCAGCCUGGAUGAUAUUACACAACCCCAUCACAAGAUUUACUGGCCUGCGAGUCCAGAUCGAAUCCAAGACUGUUUGAUGGCUGGAAAAGACCCACAGCUGGAGUGUGCCAAUUUCCUGCGCGUAUUAGAGCCUUACAACCAAACGCACUUGUAUGCCUGUGGAACAGGAGCUUUCAACCCUCGCUGUGCCUACAUCCACACCCGCCUCUUCCUCACGGCUGACGAUCAGACACUGCAGCAUGAACAAACAGAGUCUGGAAAAGGAAAGUGUCCAUAUGACCCCCACCAAAAGACUGCCACUGCCAUCAUUGAUGGAGAGCUAUAUGCUGGAAUCACCUCUGACUUUAUGAGUCGUGACUCUGCAUUUUUUCGCAGUCUGGGACAGCAUCAUGUGAUCCGCACAGAGCAAUAUGAUCCAACCUGGCUUCAGGAUGCUCAGUUUGUGCGUGUGGCCGUGAUGAAGGAGAGCGAUAAUGAGGAAGAUGAUAAGGUCUACUUGUUCUUCACUGAGCGUGCUCAGGAGGCUGAGGGGCCCGCCGGCAAAGUCCUGUACGCUCGAGUCGCCCGCGUCUGCAAGAAUGACAUUGGAGGCCAGCGCAGUUUGGUGAAUAAGUGGAGUACAUUCCAGAAGGCUCGAAUGAUCUGUUCUGUGCCCGGACCUGAUGGCUUACAGACACAUUUUGACCAACUGCAGGACAUCUUCAUCCAGUAUGGCAAAGACAAGAAGAAUCCGCUAAUCUACGGCAUCUUUACUACCACCAGUGAUGUGUUAAAUGGAUCAGCGGUGUGUGUCUACCGUAUGCAAGAUAUCAUCCGUGCCUUCAAAGGAAACUUCUACCACAGGGAGGGGCCACAGUAUAAGUGGGCGGAGUUUACUGGAAGAGUGCCCUAUCCCAGACCUGGAACAUGUCCAAGCAGCACCUACGGAAGUUUCCGUUCCACACGGGAGUAUCCUGAUGAUGUCAUCUUCUUUAGCCGCACCCACCCACUGCUGCAGGAAGUGGUGCGUCCUGUGGACAGCCGACCUUUGCUAAUUAGAGUUGGUGUUGACUACAAGUUGACUCGAAUCGUUGUAGACAGAGUGGAGGCUGUGGAUGGACAAUAUGAUGUUCUCUUCAUUGGGACAGAUUCUGGCCUGGUGCUGAAAUCUAUUCACCUCCCCAAAGAGCAAGGACAAAGUCAAGAGGUCAUCCUGGAACAGCUGCGGGUCUUUAAGCAUAAGUCACCAGUCACCGCCAUGACACUGUCCAAGAAGAAGUGGCUGUUUGUGGGAUCUGCAGAGGGCGUGUCUCAGUUGGCUCUGUAUCAGUGUGACCUUUAUGGUCAGGUGUGUGCAGAGUGCUGUCUGGCCAGAGACCCAUACUGCAACUGGGAUGGCCAUGCAUGCAGCCCCUAUAUGCCAGUUGCACGCAGGAGAAACACUCGUCAUGUUGGUGAUUACGGGAAUCCUUUAAAUGAGUGUAUCAGACAGGGAGCUGGCCUGGAGGUGCAGUCAGAGGAGAAGGAAAUAGUGGUGGCUUUGGGGAACAGUACCUACCUGGAGUGUCUGCCGAAUUCACAACAUGCCAAAAUUACCUGGUUUAAACAGAUCGGAGAGAACAGUCUGGAACAAUAUGAGGUGACCUCAAGUGAUCAGCUGGUAGUGAUUGACAGGGGCAUUCUCAUUCCGAGGGCGGAGCUUAAACACGAUGGAAUUUAUCACUGUCAGUUGGAGGAGCAUGGCUUCCGUUGGAUGGCCGUAACAAUUCGAUUGAGCGUGUGGAGUCCCGGUCAGCAUGCCAUUGUAGACUCCACCCAGUCCUGGCACCAGGAUAUGUUAAAUCUGAUUGGCCACAGUGGCUUUGAGCACUACUGCAAGGAACUGGGCAAACAGCGUCAUGAUCAUAAAAAGACCAGGGAAAAGGAGCAAGCACAGGAGAGAAAGAGAGGAGAGAGACAGAAACAUGGAGGAGAACGAGGAGAGAAGGAACGAGGAAAAGGCAGGAAGAACAGAAGCAAAAUGGGAAGGUCUGCCUCGAGGUCCCCAAGGAGCACCUAGAGACGUUCAUACUGUGACCACAAAAGACAGCAAACAUCUUCACAAACUCACAGAUACAUGAACAUACACAGAUCAGUGACAUUAUUGUUUUGUUGAAGCUAAAUGAGAGGACUGUUGCGAAGAAGCAAUGUAUGAAUGACAAGGGGCUUGGCUUUUAUGAGGGAUGAUCUCGAAGCCAGUGGGCACAUGGACAUAUCCUGAUUACGGUAAAUAGUGACUGAGCCCUGCAGAGCUGAAACCCCUUACAAACAUAUAAAGCAUCUCAGACAUUCUUGUAGUUUGUGUAAAUAGAGAAAAGACUCCAUAAUGUUUUGGAGCACCAGUGAAAGCUAUUUGUUUUUAAAAAAGACUGCUGGCUUUGAAGCAUAAAUGUUACAGGUAUUGCAUAUUAACUGCUUCUAAAUGUAUUGUUCUGAAUGUUUUCCCCUUUUUUCUUAUUUAUCUUUGUAUUUAUUUUCACUUUAUUUGAGAGAAACAAAAGCUGUAUAUUUGCGGUGGUUAUUUUCUUCAGUCAUUACAAAUGGACAAAAAGAUUCCUACAAUGACCUUCUAGUUGGUGAAAUACUGAGAUAAACCAUUGCUGUUGGAGGAAUCACCUUUAAAUAUAAUAAGAUGGCACAUAUGUGAAAGCUCUUGCUUGAUGCUUUGCUUGAUGUUUCCUGGCAUUGGGACUGCUCUAAAAUGGACUUGACUAAGCAUAGAGAGAAAAGUCAAAAUUCAUUUUCCACUUAACUGUGCAUGAACUGUUUGGUAUAGGCGCACUUCAUGCGAAACAAAACGUGAUUGCAACCAUGGAUGACAACAUCGAGCCAGCAGCAGGGCCAGCAAAUGAACCCUUUAUCUAACAGAGUUUAAGCAGGGUCAUCUCACCCUCUUAUGAAUUUAUGAAUAAUAGAAAACUGUGUCUAAAAGUGAGCAGUUAACUGUUGCACUGCACAUCUAUGGUACCAGUAGAAAGUCUUUAUUCAACUGGCAAUACUGUAACAGGCUUAAUUGUUGUUAUUUUUACACUUUAAAAUAACAGCAAAGACAUUAAAAAGCUAUAUUUCAGAUUCUUUACAUAAGGAAUACAUAAGGAAUCAUGAUUGUCCAGCCUUAUGAAGGAGCCACCUAUGCUGAGCAUUUGUCAGCUGCAUUUCCUGAAGUUGUUACUCAAUUUUAUUCCAGUUUAUUCAUUCAUUCAUCUUCAGAAAACACUUGAUCCUGGUCAGGGUCAUUGUCAAUCUCGAGUCUAUCCAAAGAGCAGUGGGUGCAAGGUGGGAAUAUGUCCUGGAUGGGAUGCCAAUCCAUUACAAUUUAGCAUCACCAGCAUCAUCUACGUACGGGCAUGUUUUUGGGAACUCUACACUCUCUCAGUUUUGUCACUGCUAAUUCCUACCUGCUAGUUGUUCUGUCAAGCAACCUGGAAAGGUUAGGGAUAACAGACACUUCCUCUGAGACAUGGUCCAAUCUCUGUAUCAUAGGAGAGCUCAACACGCUUGGAGGAGAACUCAAACCUGCCUGUUCUGUAAAAAAAAAAAAUUAAUAAUAAUAAUGGGUGGUGUAGUGGUUAGCACUGUCGCCUCACAGCAAGAAGGUCCUGGGUUCAAGCCCAACGGUCGGUGAGGGCCUUUCUGUGUGGAGUUUGCAUAUUCUCCCCAUGUCUGCGUGGGUUUCCUCCAGGUGCUCCGGUUUCCCCCACAGUCCAAAGACAUGCAGUUAACUGGUGACUCUAAAUUGACCGUAGGUGUGAAUGUGAGUGUGAAUGGUUGUCUGUGUCUAUGUGUCAGCCCUGCGAUGACCUGGCGACUUGUCCAGGGUGUACCCCGCCUCUCGCCCAUAGUCAGCUGGGAUAGGCUCCAGCUUGCCUGCGACCCUGUAGGACAGGAUAAGCGGCUAUAGAUAAUGGAUGGAUAAAGGUUAAAUCUAGACUCCUGAUGUGUUCUUCAGCUUGUUAUUCUGUGGGAAUCCUUAAAGGCUCAAUGAAGAAGCCUUUAACAGAUGUUUUUUCAAGUAGAGCAUUUUCAGAAACCUACCAUGAAACCUACCGUGAUUUUUUAAGAAUAUGUAUAUGAGCUUGCAGACAUUUUCAGUUGGCUAUCAGAUUCAUCACGUUUCGUCAAAUUUGUCAUCCUGUAAUGAUCUCAAAACGUAUAAAGACCAUACUGACUGACUAAAACUGUAACUUUUCUCAUCUGUAAUUCAUACUGAGCAUAAUAACAAAAUAGUACACUCAGCUUUGACCAAACCACAUCACUGCCUAGUUUAGAAAAAAAAAUCUUUCAUUUCAUCAAAGUUUAAAUGAUUUGAAAAAGUGGGUCAGACUACAACUCAGUCGCUGCCCAACACAGGAAUUCUCAAGCGUCAUUGAGGUAGAACUGCUUUGUAUAAUAAACUGUUUUGUGGAUUCAUGAGUAGAUUUGGUUGAACCUCUGUGUACAUUUGGACUGCGUAGUGUGUAUCAAGUGUCUGAGUCAGAAUACCAAUUUUCAGAUCAGUUUUCACUUGGGUUAUGAAAAAAGGCAAAAACUGGGCUCACGUUCAUGCUCUUAAUGCAAAGGCCAGGACAGACAGACAGUCAUUCAUUCAUUUUCUUUCUCUUUCUCUCUCUAUUGCUCAAUGUAUUUGAUCUCAAUUUCUUGAAAAUUGUGACGUGCGUAGAAAGAAAUGUCAACAAAUACAAAUGUGCACACCCUUAAACACAUGACUCACAAGAUAUUUGGAAACAGAGAGAGAAUGAGUUUGAGUUUUGAUGUGUAAAAACACACACAAUGGACCGAAGGAAAUGAAAUAAAAAUGGGGUCAGAGAGAAUAAAGACUUCCAGUUAUACUGGAUGUAUGUAUUGAAUGGUGUGCGUAAGGGACCAAACAGCAAGGCAUGAGGGCACAGGAGUUUUUGGUUCAAAAGGCAGGGUUUUAUUUACCCCAAAAUAUUUUAGCUUACAAAGACCAAAAUUAAUAAGAACUAGACCUAUAAUAGAGGUCAACAAAAUGUAACUUGACUUGACACACAGACAUCUGACAUGACAUUAACUAAACAAAACAUAUAUAUAGUGUGGCUUGGCCAAAUCAAAUAACACAGAAGGGGUAAACAAAAUUAAACACUACAAACAGAUACAAGGGCAGCACGGUGGUGUAGUGGUUAGCACUGUCGCCUCACAGCAAGAAGGUCCGGGUUCGAGCCCCGUGGCCGGCGAGGGCCUUUCUGUGCGGAGUUUGCAUGUUCUCCCCGUGUCUGCGUGGGUUUCCUCCGGAUGCUCCGGUUUCCCCCACAGUCCAAAGACAUGCAGGUUAGGUUAACUGGUGACUCUAAAUUGACCGUAGGUGUGAAUGUGAGUGUGAAUGGUUGUCUGUGUCUAUGUGUCAGCCCUGCGAUGACCUGGCGACUUGUCCAGGGUGUACCCCGCCUUUCACCCAUAGUCAGCUGGGAUAGGCUCCAGCUUGCCUGCGAACCUGUAGAACAGGAUAAAGCGGCUAGAGACAAUGAGAUGAGAAACAGAUACAAAGCAAAACUAACUAAAGUCAAAAUCCCCCUUGGGCACAUGGUGAGACAUGGUACCGCCUAAUGAGCAGGCUCCAAGAUUUAGGUCUCCUCGGCCCUCAGCCACACCUUUUGCCCGAUCGCCCCCAAUGCUCAAGGUGACUAAAAAAAAUGAAAUAAAAAAUUGAAAAAAAAAAAGCUCAAAGAAAGAAACACAUGAUUAGUGACAGUGUGAAAAUGUGUGCACUCCAUAUAAAACAAUGUAAGGUUAAAGCAAAUAAACUGUAAAUCAAGCAAA